UUUAUUUAAAUCCUUUACCUUAUUUACUACUUCGGCGUUUAUACUUUGUUUUCCCGAAUUUUCCAUAAAUUUCUUUGUUUUUUUUUUAUACCAUAGAAAGUUCGAUAAAGUUUGUUUCUCUGCUGCUAUCGAUGUAAUUUUCGAAAAUUUUGAUAAGGAGUUGUCGUGAAAAUUGGUUUGGCCCAACGUAAACGGUAGCAGAGGCGGGAUAUAAAAGAAUUCGACAUACAUAUUAAGAUCGCGGUGCAAUUUUGCAUAGAUAAAUCGGCAAAUACCAUCUUGUGCACGCCCAGCAAUAGUGAAACUGGAAGUGAUAGCGCUGGUAAGGAGAACAUGACAAUCUUUUAAACUCAACCGUUCACUCGUCACUUCUUGAAAGAGAAUCUAGGCCUUUGUUGGUCCACCUACGUAACGUCAUGGAGACCGAGGAGCUCACGAAAUUGGUCGACGAUAUUUAUAAGAAUAUUCUGGAUAAAUUCAAUCCUGGUGCUAGACAACUAAUCAACGCCGGAAAAGCUUAUUUGAAAGCGUUACAUGGUGCUGCCGCAGCUUCUAAGGUUUACGUCGAUGCUCUAUCUAGGCUCGCACGACAGGCACAGCUUGGCACUUGGGGUGGUUCCCAAGAUGUCGGAUCUGCUCUGAUGCGGAUUGUCGAGGUCUACAAAGAGAUACAAGAACAGGAAAUCAAUAUACUCAAGGCGUUCUAUGUAGAUCUACUAGUGCCACUAGAAACGAAUCUUGAAAAAGACACCAAAGUCAUUCAGAGCGAGCAGAAAAAAUUCUUACAGCAGCAUAAAACACGCAGCGAGACGUACAGCAAAGCAGCUGCGACUAUGAAAAAGCAGAGAAAGAAGUCACGCGGGGCGAGCAAAAGCGGACUCGCCAUGGACAAAGAGCUGAAGAAUAUGCAGAUACUCGAGGAAGAGAAGUCCAAGCUCGAUACUUUCUGCGAGCAAAGUUUAAAAAAUGCAAUGACGCAGGAAAGAAGAAGAUAUGGCUUCGUGCUCGAGCGCCAGUGUUCCCUGGCGAAACACUACGCGAGCUUUCACGAAGUCGCUCUGGCUGCGCUUCACCCGUCCGUCGACGAGUGGCGCGAAAUCGCUGCUACUCGGGAAUAUUUGCCGCAGUCCGUCGAGGAUAUGUUCGCCUCCAGGCUCAGGCAAGUGUCGUUCUGGCCAGAGGACGAAGAGAACGGCGGCUCCGAAUUAACAAUGAGCUCACAACUGCGCAAGACCCGCAGCAUGGACAGUUCCUGCCUGGAAUUACGACUCGGACCACCACAGAGCCAAUCGACCGGAAGUGGACUACACCAUGGACACGGACAAGGCCCGACUCAUUUGCCACCGGCCCUGGCACGUGCUCGAUCCGAGGCGAAUUUGCAUGCCUCGACACUUUCCUUGGGACCAGAGGUGCCAGAAACCCCGCCAAGACCACGAUCUAUGGCGCCCAUAUCUCGAAACAGCGGCGGAAUGGGUGGUGCCCAUAUCACCAGCGGAUGGGGUGAGGCACCCCUUGCUCGUGCCCUUUUUGCCUACCUCAGCUCGGGCGAGAAUCAACUGAGCUUCCACGAGGGCGACUUGAUUGCGCUUAUGGGCGACCGACAGAAGGGUUGGCAAUUUGGCGAGAAUCUACGCACUCAAUGCUCCGGAUGGUUCCCCCUUGCUUAUACAGAAGUUAUCAUUGACGAAUCGCUAGGAUCCCCAAAUCAUAGCACGAGUAACGGCCGAGCCAAUGGUUCUGAAUCGAAAGUAAUGCCACCGUGCAAACCACCGCCGUCUCGACCACCAGUGCCGAAUAACGAAUCAGCGGGCGUCAACUCCGUCGGCAAUGAAACCAACGGCCAUCCUCACAAUGGCUCCAUCUCCAAUAGUAGCAGCGGUAACAACAAUGGCGGCGGCAACAUCAACAAUAACAAUAUCAAUAAUGGCACCGUACCCAGCGUGUCGAAAAGCAGCAGCUCCCACAAUAUUGCCGCUCCAACCAGUCGACAGGCCAAAUCGAUCCGUCCAACUGGAACGCUGCCGACUGUUUUGGCGGGAGGACGUAGGGUGCAGCCGCCGGUGCCACCCAUCCCGCCACCUCAGGCAGUUACGUCACUCCAUAGUAGCAACGACAGCGGCUUCUCGAACGAACCGCCCGUACAGCCGGACAUUGACUAUAGUGACGACGAAGCCAUGAGAGAGAGAGAAAGAGAGAGGAAGGGAUCGACCUAUCAAGCAGCAGAACAGCUGCUGCAGCAGCAACAACAACAACAACAGCAUCAAAAAGCCAAUAAUAAGGAAGACGGUAAAAUACAGAGCUCAAGUGAGAGUAAAGACUGGGAGAACGAUUCUUGGAAGACGAUACCACGUGAUGAAAAGUCAUGGCACGUUUAUCGUAGUGCCAUGACCGAAUAUUGGUCCGAGAGUAGCGUCGUGGGAAGUAGCAAUGAUCAAUCGAAUGGAAAGUCUGGACGACACGAGGAGCGUCGGAUUAUUAGAAACAUAGAUAAUGAUUCGAACGGACCGACAAAGAAAGAGAGAAAACAGCAGCAGCAGCAACAACAACAACAUAAUGAUAAUAAUCAAAAGAACGAAUAUGAGAAUACGCGUGCGGUAAGAAAUUCAAAUUCCGAGAGAAACGGAGGUGGCAAAUUUGCAUCUAACGAUGAUCACGGUAACUCUAGCAGAGGGUACAAUCGUAGACUCGAUAGAGAAGAAAAUAGAUCUAGAAAAGAUAGACGGGGGGAUAUUGAAACGGAGGAUGAUGAAAUAGAAGUUGAAGCUGAUGUUGACGAUGAAGAGAAUGAGAGUUAUAACGUAAGUGUGAACUAUCGUCCCGACAAAUACGACAAUAAGCAGUACUACGACAGCAAUAACGACGAUGAUCGGCGUUUGAAUUACCGGCGAAGUAACGACUCCAAGUACGACGAUGAUAAAAUGAGCGAUUCAUCCUCAUCGCCAUCUUCAGAAUCAGAAGAUGAAAGUACCAUACCUGAAACGGGGAGAAAAGUUGAGCAGAUAACUCAAAAACUAGAGCAGACAGCUCAAAAGUACGCGCGUGAACAUAGUCCGCCAAAAUUCAUGGAGCGACGUAGUAUGGAUUACAAUAAAAAUAGCCUUGAUAGAUCACGUGACGAACCUAAGCUGUCGCCGAUGCCAUUCGAUAAAUACGAAAGGAAUAUACGGAGUAGCAGAACAACUCAAAGACAUCUGAGCAGUGAUCGAGAGCGCGAGCGCGAUCGCUACACGGAUAAAUCAAUAGCCUCUUCGCGUCAAUCAACCCUCACUUACGACUGUAACAGAGUUUAUGAGAAGAAUUCCGAGAGAAGGCACACAUCGGAACGAAUAUCUACGCGCGGAUUGGAUAGACCUAGACCUCCAUCACAAGAGGCACCCGAGAGGCCCACUGAACAACAUCUUCAGUCAAAGGAACAUCAGAGGUACCGUGAACGAAGAUACUCUGAAAAAGAAGAUAUUUACGGUGAAACGGUAGGCAUAGGCUUUUCUAAUGAAUCGUUGAUCGUGGAUAAAGAUCGUGGAUACGAAUCAAAUUUCGAAACAAAAUUGGAGAGAACUAAGGUAUUGGAGCGUCAUGGAUAUCCAAGAGCGUCGAGAAUAUCCGAGAGCCAUAUUGAAAGAAAUGAUACCAAUAAUAACACGUUGAAGGACGACAGAAAACUGUUAAUACCGAGGCAGAGCACGGCAAUGGGCCAUCUCAUACAGACUGGGCGUGGCUUCGAAAUCGAAAACAAAAGUCCGAAACUCGUUAAAAGGACCAAAAGCUUUUGGAGAUUUCGUCGAGACUCCGAGGUAUUAGAAGGUAUGGCCUUAUGGCAGCAUAGAUCGCUCGUAGAUAUACCGAAAAUGUUGAAGAAACAUUCGUACGAGGAGAAGACAAAAUCACCAGACGAGUCUAGAAAAUCUAGUUCUGAGGGAAGUCCGGGCCCAUCUCAUCGAAGUCUCGAACGGAAGAACAGUGGCUCGACAAUUACCAAUGAGAGGAUCAACGGAAUUGAGCAAUCGUUGCCAGAUGAGCCCAAGCCGGCCGAGAGAAUUCAUCUUCCUGAAAAGUCAUCGCCAGUGGAUUAUUUCGAGGACUUGCCGACUCCGGCGGAGAGGCCAAAAAUGGCCGAUAGAGGAGAGUAUCGAUCAUCCUCGUCGAGGCAUCAUAAAGAACAACGUCCGUAUUUCGUAGGCAACGUAUCGAGAAAGGCUAUUCUGGAAAAUGAGAGGAAGCGUAGUUUGGAGGCCAAGAGAAAUAUGAUUGUCGCCGAAUUGAAGGAAAAUAAUCAGGUUAAAAGAAACGAAAGAAGAAAAAACCCAUACGGGGACGAUGACGAUGGGUUGAUGGUUCAGCAUUUUACAGAAACCGAUGCCUCGGAUGAGGAGUCGACAUACAGUUGCAUUAUUGUUAAGGAUCAAGCAGUAUCCGAGAAGACUUUGUUGCCAAGGACGAAACUCCGAAGAGAUAGUGAGAGGGGUGAUCGAAAUAAGAAAACUUGUGGCCCAUGGUACGAUCUUUGGGGAGUUGAUCAAUCGGUUACUAAGAAGAAGAAGAAGAAGCAACAGUAAAUUAUAUAGGCAAUGAACAGGAACAACAUUUUUGCGACGGUGAAGCUGCGCAAAACAAAGACCAACGAUCGCUCGGCACCGGCCC